AUUAACUCCCUAGAUCUUAAAAAUAUCCACCUAGUUGUUUUAAAGUUUGUUCUCGAAUUUGUUGCGGAAGAGCUUCGUCUUUAUCUUAAUUCUUACGAAUUUAGCAACAGCCUCUUGCCUGUCUCGCUUUAUAACGUAGACAAUAAUAACUAUAUUAAGAAGGUCGCCGACUACAUUACUAGAAACAAUCUAGUUAAUAUAAUUACGCUUAAGUUCUUAGAUUUAGUUAAAGAUACGUAG